UGGCCAUUCUGGCACGCUACACGUGGUUUUUAUCCCUGAUUCCCUGUCCGAGUCGGAGUCCGUUCCGUUUUGACCCACUCGUGCGCGUGACGCGUGUCCACUCGCACUUCGCCCUUCCGCGAGUUGCCGGCUCGUCGCUCGCUUGGAAACUUUCAACCUAUUAUUCUUGGAAUUAUUCUUAUUCCCAGAGGGACCUAUUAUUCCUGAAAUUAUUCUGGAAUAAUCGACGCAGGACUAUCCAUGGCGCUUGGCUCCCCCACGCAAGAUGUUACCACCCUUGUUGUGAAAGUCCAAUAUCCCAGUAUCUGUGCCGUUUACGAGAGCGAUUUGGACAGUCUUCUGGACGAUCUGAAUACAGACAUUUCAGGCUAUACCUGCACUUUGCAAGCAGUUUGUAAGGACAAAUCUACACAAACGCGCACGAGAUCUGUUGUCAACUACGUCACUGGGGGUCCAGAUGCAGUGGCACCCUACUGUAAAACAUACUCAGGUGGUAAUAAAAUCAACACUGUUCUAAUGGAGUUGCUGACAAGUGACAGGUCCAUCAGCCCUCGUGUUGUAUCCACUGUCCAAUCCAGAGUAAAGGAUCACAUAGGGAGCAAAACGGACCAGCCUCUGAUGAUACUGGAUCCAAUAGUAGUGUACGUUUCUUAGAAUCCUUGUUCUGUUGCUGUUGUAUUUUAGUGCUUGAUGUGGCUACUUUAAUAACUGGAGAAUCUCUAUGGUCACCUGACUUUAAUAACUGGGUAGUUAGGCCUGAAGCACAAAGCUGUGUAACCAUGAAGGUAUUAAACCUGUGAUGCCAAGAUAAAAAAGAUGUGGAGCUCUGGACAGCUGUUUCGGGCUUGUUGGCCUUUAUCAGCAGAGCAUACCGCAACUUCUCUCUCUGGCAUCACGAGUUUUAUGAAGGCUACCAGGAGCGCAGCACUUGUGGUUCUGGAGAUUCAUACCCACAAGGCUUUGCCACUGGUAUGUGCUGCUGACAAUGCAAAUGUGAUAUAACUGCCAUGGACAUCAACAUCAUACUUCUCACUAUCACACAGUGCAUAUAAUAUAUAUACUUUUAUACGAACAAACCUUCAGCGUAUAAGGUUAUGUGACAUCUUACAGUUAUAUAUAGCUCAGCACUAUAGAAAAAUACACACACCAACGUUGCAAGAAGUAUCUUAAUAUUUACAGCAGGAGAAGUGUCUCUUAAUUAAAAACAACAGUGUCAAAAACAACAAAAUCAGCAGAACAGCCACUAAUGGAAUAAAAAAUGAAAGUGCUAUUGCGAUAGCCUUCUUUUGUGAUACUGUGACUUUGUAGUGCUCGGACGUAUCUGGGAACGUUAGUAGAGCCAAAACAUUCAUUGUUGACCCUGAACGGAGCACCGAAUCAGUAAUAGUGCACUCACUCUCCCCUCCAUUUAAAAAUUCACAUUUAUGUGGGCUGCCGAGCUCUGUAAUGUUGUAUGCAACCUUUGUGAGAUUGUAUUCAUAACUUGUGCGGACAUUGAUAUUUGCAUCAUCUGGGCUGAGCGGUGUAGACAAAACGUACCAGUAGUAUCCACUCCUGUGAAUGUAAAACUGGUUAGGUGCUUCUAAAAUUGGUUUGCAGGUACCCUUUUUCUCUGUCUUUGCAAUAGUUUCAUUUGAUGGAGGAUCGUUGGUAAUAUCCUCAUAGUCUGCUCGGCUAGUAAACUGACAAAUGUUUGCUAAAUUGCCAAAUUGUGACGGAUUUUCUACAGAAAAAAUGAAAAAGAGUUUGGUGCCUUUCAAAAAGUAAUUCUGUUGCUUUUCUGCAACGAUUAAACCCUGAGGGAAAGAAAAGUUUUUGGAUGAAAAGGUUUCACUGCUUAUGUCUUGCUCUGUUGGGGAAUCUUCUGUGUAGAAGAUCAGAAACUCUGCAGUAGGGAACUGGUCAGUAGUUUUGGUGGAGAAUGUAGUUUUACUGAACCAGACGCCAGAAACAGAUCCGACGUUUACAACAUCCCCACUGUACACAUCGGUGCUCAAUGAAGAGCUAAUGGCUGUCAGACCCCAUAACGGAACAAGAAGGAUGCCAAACACAGCGUAAAACACGAAUAAUGAAGCCCAGCGUACUCUUCUUGGGCAUCCUACUAGAAAUGAUAUAAUACGACUCUAAUCUGGCCAAUGAGAGAAUUCUUACUUUUAGA